AGCCCCCGGGGCACGGCCACAAAACUUGUCUCCUUCCCGGGGCCAAACUCAGAGGUGCAGGGAGGCUGCGGACAGGAGCCGCUGCCGGACAUGGGAUUCCCGCUGCUGCAGCUGCUGCUGUUGGUUCAAACCUGCAUACCAGCCGCCUGGGGCCUGCGGUGCAUGCUGUGUGAGAGGAUGGGAAAUUGCCAGGUGAAAGAGUGUGACCCUGGCCAGAAUCUCUGCAAGACCACCUUCCUGCGCAUAUGGCAAGAAGGUGAAAACCUGGAGGUGGUGUUGAAAGACUGUGCCCACCCAGAGAAGACCAACAGGACCAUGAGCUAUCGAAUAGGCAUGCAGGUCAUCACCCUGACCGAGACCGUAUGUGGGUCAGACUUGUGCAACCGGCCCAAACCUGGCCGAACUCCCGCCUUUCCCCAAAGGCGUUACCUUGAAUGUAUUUCCUGCGCCUCAUCAGACCUGAGCUGUGAGAGGGGCUGGGACAAAAGCUUGCAAUGCCUCAACCCUGGAGAAGAGUGCCUGGAUGUGGUGACCCACCACAGUCUGGAAGGAAUUCCAAACGAUGAACGCCAUUCCCGAGGCUGUGGCAACCUUCCUGGCUGCCCAGGCCCCACCGGCUUCCACAACAACCACACCUUCCAUUUCCUGCAGUGCUGCAACACCACCAAAUGCAAUGGGGGCCCAGUCCUGGAGCUUAAAAACCUGCCACUGAACGGCCUCCAGUGUUACAGCUGUGAGGGGAACAGCACCCACGGAUGCUCCACUGAAGAGACUUCCCUCACUGCCUGCCGAGGCCCCAUGAGUCAAUGUCUGGAAGCUACAGGCACUAAUGGGCUGGGAAACCCAAGCUACACAGUAAGGGGCUGUGCAACGCCCUCAUGGUGCCAACGCCUCCACGUGGCUGAAGCCUUCAGACUGACCCAUCUCAACGUCUCAUGCUGUACUGGAAAUAGGUGUAAUGACCCAACCCAGGAUAUCCAUUUUCGCAAGGGAGGUGCCCCCCGGCCUGGCCCUGCCCACCUCAGCCUCACCAUCGGCACCCUACUUAUGACUGCCAGACUAUGGGGAGAUACUCUCCUUUGUACCUGAACCCCACAUUCUCCCUGCUCUGGCUGGAUCCAGGGAAUCCCUUUGCCCUUCCUUCAGCUCCUAGCCCUGCAGACUUGCUGUGUGACUUCAGGCCAGUGUGCUGUCUUCUCUGGGCCUCAAUUUCCCUAGCUGUGAAAACACCUAUCUCAUAAAAUUGUGAGAACCUGAAGAAAAAAGCUGGAGAAAGGCUGCGGGCCAGCAGGAGAGCUCUUGUUAUUAUAAUAUUGUUGCCGCUAUUGUUGUUAUUAUUAAUUAAUAUUUGUUUUAUUUAAUAUUUUAUACUUAUAUAAAGAUUUUUGUACCAGUGAACAAGGCCAGAUCUGCCCUUCUGGCAUCCAUCUUUGGGAGGAUGAAUGGGGGGGGGCACCCUUCCUCAGGCUCCUGGAAUUAGAGGUCAUCUAGUAGGACACAGGCAUUCAAGGCCCCCACCUUAGGAGCAGUCCCAUGUGGGCUUCCACCCUAAGCCACAUGCAAAUCUAUUUCUGGGCUCCAAAUGGCAAUAUUCUAUUCACUCACCCAAGCACUAAUCUUCCAGUAUCUUCUCCCAGACUCCAAAGCUCAAGACCACUUUGUUGUUCUAAGAAAACAUGUGGGCAUUUCCUGGGGGCUCUGAAACAGGAACUCCCUUAAUGCACUGCAGUGAGGAAUAAGAACAGGACUACAUUUCCCCUGAUGCCCUGGGCGCAGGAGAUAAAGGCUGGGUUAUAUUUCCCAGGAUGCCCUCAGACUGAGAAAAAAAACAGAACUACCAUUUCAGUGGCACUCUUGGAGCACAAUAUUGAAGAAUUCAUGUUUCCCGUGAGUCACUGAGGCAAACCCAUAGAGACAAAAUUACAUUCCCCGUGGGGCCCUAGGCGAAUGAAGAAAAAGAUAAGACAUCUAUGGUAUGUGGGGGCAGGUGAGGGACAGGGUGUCUUUUUAGGACCUCUUUAAGUCACAUAUCACCUGUCAUUGUGGUGGUUUAAAGAGGUGGGGUCUUUACCUCCACCUCUUGAACACGGGUGGCUUUGUGACUGCCUUGACCAACAGAAUGUGGUGGCAGGCCUUCUGGGACUGUCUGGCUCUGAGGAAGCCAGCUGCCGCAUGGAAGUCCUGCACUGAGACUGUCAUGCGACGAGGAUACCCAGUCUACGCAUGCAUGGAUGCCAUAUGGAAACAGCCCCAGACGUUCCAGCCAUCUCAGCCCAGACACCAGACAAAGUGGGCAAAGGUGUUACCUGGACAUUGCAACCCCAGCAGAUGUCAUGUGCAGGAGAACCAGGAAACCCACCUGCUUUUAUUUUCUAGGGCUGCUGUAAUAAAUUACUACAAACUGACAAACUAGGUGGCUUCAAACACAGAAACUUAUUCUCUCAGACUGUUCAAUGCUAGAAACCAAAAUCAAGGUGUUGGCAGAGCCAUGCUCCUUCUAAAGUUUCUGGGAAAGAAUCCUUCUUGGCCUCUUCCUAGCUUCUGGUGGUGGCUGACAAUCGGUGUUUCUUGGCUUAAAGCUGCAUCAUUGCAAUCUCUGCCCCUGUUGUCACGUUAGCCGCCUUCUCUGUGAAGGUGGCUGUGCAUCUCCAAAUCUCUUUCUAAGGACACCACUCACGGAUUUAGGGUCCCACUUGAAUCCAGUCUGACCUCAUCUUAAUCACAUCUGCAAAGACCCUAUUUCCAAAUAAUGUCAUAUUCAUAGAUUCUGAGGGUUAGGACUUCAACAUACAUUUUGAGGUGACACAAUUCAACCCACAACACCCGCCAAGAGUCAGAACCAAGUUUUCAGAUAUAUGGUCCCCAAUGGACGGACCAUCCUGUCCAUCUCCAGCUGUUCAAGACACCCCAUUUUGGCCCCAGUUCAUUGAGGCAGGUACACAUUGAUCCUGCUGAGCCUUGCUGAAAUUCCUGAC